GACAACUAGCCAUCCAUCAAGCCACACUACUAAAAAAAUAAGUGGUCCAACUACCGUUCCAUCUAAAAAAACGAAUCCCACAAAAUACACAUCCAGCCCUUCGUCAAGCCAUGUUAGUCAUGGAAAUAGUGGUUCAUCUACUGCAUCAUCUAAGAGUACAACAGAUAAGUCAACUAGCCAUCCAUCAAGCUAUACUACUCAAACAAAAUGUUCAUCCACUAGUCCAUCGAAAGAUACUACUAAUUCCGCAAACAACACAGCUAGUCAACCAUCAGGCCAUGCAACUCACAGAGGUGAUGGUUCAACCACCGCAUCAUCAAAAAGUACUGCAAAUAAUACAACUCCAUCACACCAUACUGCUAACAGACCAAAUCGAUCAACCACUACUCCAUCAAAAAAUACUACUGAUUUCAUAAAAAUCUCAACUAGACCAUCAAGCCAUAUUAAUGACAGAGUAAAUGGUACAAGCCCUACUCCAUCAAAAAAUAUUACUCAUUCCAUGAAUAUCAGAACUAGUCAUCCACCCAAUCAUGCCACUAUUUCAGCGACUACUCCUUUAAAGAAGAGUACUUACUCAACAAAAAUAACAACUGGUCCUCUGUCCAGCCAUAGUCAUCAUACUAGUGGUCUUCCCAAAGAAACAACUGGGUUCAUAUCGCCUACACAUGAGCCAACUAAGUCAAGAUCAGACACCACAUCGUCUCCUUCAGGGACAGCUGUAGCGCCGUACAGCAGCACCACCAUCACUAAGCAUCCAUCAAGCCACACCAGUACUCCUCCCAAAACGGCCACAAACACCACUCACAACACCCUAAUGACAGAACAUAUGAAGAUACCCAACACAGCACAGCCCCACCAGAGACCUUCCACGGCCAGUUCCAGCUAUGAUGGAGUUCCAGGCUGGGGUAUCGCCCUGCUGGUGCUGGCCUCCGUGAUCCUGCUUCUCCUCAUCAUAUUCUUCAUCCUCGCGCUCUGGCGCUGGUGCUGUCGUCAGGAAGAAACUGGCCCUACGAACAUGACGGGAGACCCGAGUCCCUAUGAGAAGCUGAAUGUAGAGCCCAGUGCCCCUGAAUUCCAAUCAAAGGACCCCAAUGGAAAGAUCUAUCCGGAGGAUUUUGAGAAACCCAAGAAAAACCGAACUGGGAUGUAUGUAGUCAACCCCUGA